UCGUUUUAGUUACCGGUUCAUAACCUUAAUAAUGAAAUAUAUAUUUGAAUUUUCUAAUUAUUUUUAUUGAUAAUUACAGUAAAUUGUAUAAAAUAGACAAUUGUGGUGAUUUAAAAUAUUUAAAAUGUCACGACUGGAGUCUGACAUUGAUUGCAAUGGAAUGCAAAAUUUAAAUGACACUAAAAAUAUUAAUUUAGACAAUUUUAGAAAGCUAGUCAAAUCUUAUAUUGAUUCACACUUGUAUAGCGCGGCAUUAUUCUGGGCUGAUAAAGUUGUUUCUUUGAGCAAUGAAGAACCCAGGGAUAUUUGUACAUUAGCACAAUGUAUGUAUUUGAUGAAACAAUAUCACAGAGCUGCUCAUUUAAUCCGAAGCCGUGGCUUGGAGAAGACUGAUUCAAUGUGUCAUUAUUUAACAAUAAGAAGUCUACUUGAAGCUAAAGAGUUCACAGAAGCUCUCCAGAUUAUCAAUGAAACGGAAUUAUGUACGAGUAUGUCACAGACCGGUGUUAGUUUUAUGGAGCACACAAAUUUUAUGCAAGAUGCGCCAAAAAAUGUACAGAGCUCGAUAUUUUACGUUAAAGGACGAGUGCACGAAGCUACUGAUAACAGAUCAGUAGCUGCAGACUGUUAUAAACAAGCUCUACAUUACGAUGUCUAUUCUUAUCAAGCAUUUGAAGCAUUAGUACAAAACCAAAUGCUUUCAGCUGCAGAAGAAAAAGAAUUGUUAGAUUCAUUGCCAUUCAACGAGCAGUGUUCAGAAGCAGAUCGUGAUUUACUUAAAUUAUUGUAUGAGAGUAAAUUGAAAAAAUAUCAAGCACCUAUGGAUGAUUUAUCAAUAACUUGUGGUGCAAAAGGUGUUCUUGUAACGGACAGACUGCAGGAUAAUUUAGAUAUGCAAGUAGCAAAAGCUGAAAGAUUGUAUUAUAAUUGUGAUUAUCAGCAGUGUUUUUCAUUAACUGAGACAAUCUUAAAAAAAGAUCCGUACCACAAUUGUUGCCUACCAGUUCACAUUGCCUGUUUAGUAGAACUAAAAAAAACUAAUGCAUUAUUUUAUCUUGCUCAUAAGCUUGUCGACUUGUAUCCUGACAUGGCACUGGCAUGGUUCGCUGUUGGAUGUUAUUAUUUUGCAAUUGGAAAAAGUGAUCAUGCAAGAAGAUAUUUGGCUAAAGCCACAGCUCUGGAUCGGCUAUUCGGACCAGCUUGGCUAGCAUACGGACACUCAUUUGCUGUAGAAAAUGAACAUGAUCAAGCAAUGGCUGCCUAUUUUAAAGCAUCACAAUUGAUGAAAGGCUGUCAUCUUCCUCUUUUGUAUAUCGGACUCGAGUGUGGGCUAACAAAUAAUCUUAAACUAGCUGACAAGUUUUUCCAACAAGCUCAAAGUAUCGCGCCCAAUGAUCCGUUUGUCAUUCAUGAGACCGGAGUUAUUUCAUUUUCUAAUCUAGAUUAUAAGACAGCAGAGCGUCAAUUUAAAGAAGCACUGAGUAAAAUUCAAAUCGGAGGAAAAAAUAUUGUCUUACCCAGUAAAUGGGAACCGCUUCUCAAUAAUUUAGGACACACUUGUAGAAAAUUGAAAAAAUAUGAGGAGGCUUUGGAUUAUCAUCAACAAGCUUUGGUUCUAAAUCCUCUAAAUCCGUCAACUUAUUCAGCAAUUGGAUUCAUUCAUGCGCUUAUUGGUAAUACACAGGAAGCUGUUGAUGCUUUUCAUCGAGCACUUGGUCUUAGGAGAGAUGACACUUUUACUACGACGAUGCUAGGAUAUGUUUUAGAACAAUUGAUUGAUGAAAGUCCACCUUUCCCAGAUGCACCAACUGAAAUGCCAAAAUACAAAUUCCCAGAAGUACCUUUGACAACGGAACCCACGGAAACAACAGAAAAUUCAGCAGCUGGAACUGCAGGAGCUCCGGAACAAGAAAUUGAUAAAUUGCGUGUUAAUUUAUUUUCAUCUUGGGGUGAUGACAAUACUGGUAAAUCUGAAGAAAAUGCACCACGUCAAACAGAACGUCCUAGUGACGUUAACUAUUCGUCUGGUGAAAUGGACUCCGAGGUUGAGAUGUUAGACUCUUCGACAGCGCAUAUUGAAUAUUAAAUCAUUUAAUAAAAUGCUGGUUUUUUUAAAUACA